AUGAACACGCGUUUUUCUAAAUACAAACCGACCGCAUUCCUGUUUGUGUAUAUCAGGCUGUGUUGCCUGGCAGUCAAGCGGUUCUCAAGCAAACAGCAGUUUCUCUGUUGCGGCGACUCGGCGGGAGCAGUCAUACUCCUUGAAAUCCCCUCUUGUCUCAAGGAUCCCAAGCCGGGGGAGCUGAGGGCAAUGCAUGCUUACAUCGAGAGGGAGGAACAACAUCACUUGUACGUGCAGGAGAAACGCUUUAGCAGACCAGUAAAAACGGGACAGUGGGGGGACAACGCGGCCAUGAAUGAACAGCUGGCAAACUUGUUCAAGUCUGACGAGGCAGCUGAGGGCCAGCAGAAGAUACAGGAGGAGUUCCAGGAGUACUUGGAGAUGGAGUAUGAAUUGCAGCACAAGUUGGGCAUAUACAAAUUUGCAGAUGAGGACAACAGCAGGUCAGAUCGGGGGACUAAAUGCGGACAGCAAGAGAAGAGUUUUGAGGACGGGGGGCACAGUCGGGGGGCAGAGACCACAGGGGGUAGUCAGGUGGGGGCUAACUCAACUACCACUUCCUACGUCACUUCGGCCUCCAAAGUAGCCUCCGAUUUGUACUCGUACUCAUCUGACGAGGAGAAACACGAGUGAUCGUUCAUUGGAUUUUAAUCAGCCUGAGGCUUUUAAAAUUGACAAAAAAAAACAAUA